AUCAAUAAAAUGUAGGCUUAAUGAUUAAAUUGAAUCUGUACAGUGCAGUUGUUGCGGUAUGGCUGACAUGGGCUUAAGUUUAGAUGACAUAAUUAAAAAAACUAAACCAUCAGGCAUGAGAAAUCGAACGGGAGCUCGUAGAGGCUUCAACAGAGGAGGUAGAGCGAAUGGUUCUAUAAGAGGAGGAGGUCGUGGUGGUGGAGGGCAUACAUUAACAGAUGCACGAUUUAAGAUAAUACAAAAGAAUCGUGAAAAGCUUACCGAUGCUAGAGACAAGCUUGCUGAGAUUGCUAAACAAAGCGAUGCAAGAUUAAAAUUAGACAAAAUAAGAGCUUCGCAAUUAAAAAGGAUAGAAACUCAAGUCCCUGGAAUAUCGAGGAAAACUGGUAGAAAUGGAAGGCUUUCCUUGUCAACUAACAAAAUUCCACCUUUGAUGCCACAUGUAAUGCCACCAAAUAAUUACAUGCCAUCACCAUCUAGAACGAUAGGUUAUAGAACUCCUUCGUUAUCGGAAUCUCAUUAUCCUGGGGAAAUGCCUAUCGAUUAUAGUGACGACUAUGCAGUAGAUAUUAUGCCUUUAAGAAGAACUGUUAACAACGAUUACGCGCCAACACCACCACCACCGCCUCCUGUGUUCAGUAUUAAACCUUCAUCUCCGUAUACGUGGGUGAAACCAGCGGGUGGUAACAAUGUGACUAGGAUUGUACCAUCACGUAAAUCUGAUAUCGAUAGAGAAAGAGAAAGAAUUAGAGAAUAUAAAAUUAUGACACGUCCUUUUAUGGGUAAAACUGUAUCUCCUUCUUACAAGGAAGACUGGUCCUUUGGUACAAAAUCACGGACUAUAAUAUCUGAAGAUUUUAUGAAUACGAAAUAUUAUGAUUCGAGAUGUCCAAGAGAUGUCGGAAUAAAAUCGCGUCUUGAUUCAAUGCCAAGUAAAUCAAAAACAAUGGAUCACUUGUCUCGGCCCAAAACUGGUCCCAGUUCGUCGAGCCAAUCUACUGGAUACAGAAUCGUAGUAUCUAACUUACAAGCCAACGUAACACAAGAGGAUAUAAAAGAAUUGUUUGAGGAUGUCGGAGAAUUACUUAUUUCUAGAUUAGUACGUCCAGGAACUGCCGAAGUUAUUUACAAAACAUUAAAAGACGCUACCAAGGCGGUAGAAACUUAUCACAAUAGACAAUUAGAUGGUCACCCGAUGAAAUGUUUGCUCGUUAAUCCAAGACCAAAAAAUAAUCCAACUGGUCCAGCUGUCAGAUCAAUAUCGGAUUCAAGACGAAGCGUUAGUUCAAGUUAUGUACAACCAAGUUUAGGAGCCGUUCAUCGUGCAUUAUUCGACGAUUCUUAAUUGAAUGCAACGCAUCCUCCUCUUUUCAAUUAUGUGGAAAAACAAAAAUGAAUUUUAAAUAAAUUUCAAUGAACGCGGCAUAAUAUUAGUAAAAGAAAAAA